CUGCACAAUGUCCAUCUCAACAUGCACAAAUAAGACCGUGCUUCUGCUGCUGCUUCAUCAGAGCAAAGAAAAAGAAGAAAAUGAGUGUGCAGAAGGAGAAGCUCUGUUUGAGAAGACCUCAGGGGUUCCUCAGGGGUGGAUGUGUGGCUCGUGGAUGGUUCUCAUUUAUUUAUUUUUAAUCCAGAGUCUCCUUUCUUAGGCUGAGACUCAGCACAUCAUUGUGAAAGGGAUGAGUCCUCUCCGGCCGUGUGGCUGCUCCUCGAUCGUGUCCAAUGGAUGUGAGUGGCAGCAACAUGACCACAGCGGUGGACAACAUAUCGACUUCGGCUCUGAUCUGGGAAACAGGGACGGCGAGUUCUCUGGCUCCUCGGAUCACAGCUGUAAACAGUACAUCUGGAGCAACUCCACUGGAGGUCUCGGAGGGAAGCUCAGUGCUGCGCGGCAUAGCCGUGGCCGCUCAGGCUCUCCUCCUCCUGGCCAUCUUUCUGCUCUCCAGCUUGGGAAACUCAGCCGUGGUGGUCGUAAUCAUCAAGCACCGACAGCUCAGGACGGUCACCAACGCGUUCAUCAUGUCCCUCUCGCUGUCCGACUUCCUCACGGCUGUGCUCUGCCUGCCUUUCUCCUUCAUCAUGCUGUUCAGUAAGGACGGCACGUGGAUGUUCGGUGAGCGUUUCUGCAUCGCCAACGGAUUCUUCAACACCUGCUUCGGGAUCAUCUCAACCCUCACCAUGACGCUCAUCUCCUUCGACCGGUAUUACGCUAUUGUCAGGCAACCGCAGGAGAAGAUCGGGAGGAAGAAGGCCAUCCAGCUGCUGGUGGCUGUCUGGCUGUCAGCGGUGAUCUUCUCUCUCCCGUGGUAUCUCCUCGUACGCACGUCGGAACACCUCGUCAUUCACAAGCGUGGAUUUUACCACUGCAUGUAUGUUUUCCACUCGGGGACGUCCCGCAUGGGCACGGUGUACAGCGUGUCCUUAAUCGUCGUGUGCUACCUCCUUCCGUUUGCGCUUAUGUGCUUCUGCCACUACAACAUCUGCAAAACAGUGCGUCUCUCCGAGAUCCGGGUGCGACCCGUCACCACGUACGCGCACCUGCUCCGGUUCUAUAGCGAGAUGAGAACGGCUACGACCGUGCUCAUCAUGAUCGUUUUCAUCAUCUUCUGCUGGGGUCCGUACUGCCUCAUGGGGAUCGUCACGGCGAUCGGAAACUACGCCUUCGAUCCGGCCAUGGACGCCGUGGCCGUGUGUAUGGCGUGGGCCAACGGCGCCAUCAACCCACUCAUUUACGCAAUGAGGAACCCCAACAUCUCCAUGCUGCUGGGUCGCAGCCGUGAGGAAGGAUACAGGACUAGAAACGUCGCUGCGUAUCUGUCUGCGCAGACUCGGACACGCAGACGAACAGCGUCACGCUCGCACGCGAUACGAGAGCGCUACAUAACGGGAACACGUGCUGGUGGAAACAGUCGAGUGUCGUCCUCGAGCCCGGCCAACGGUGGAGAAGUGGCCAUGUGGGCGUGCAAGAACCCAGCCGUGUUUUUCUGCACAGAUGCGCAUGUCGACACGGCCACGGAGCUCGGACGCGAACCAAAACACGACACGGCGAAUACCAGUCUCUGAUUUGAUAUUUUGCCACAACAGCUCGUGUUAGUAGGUUUAUAAACACACAUGAGUAGCUGGACUGGCGUUAUAAAUGUCAUUUGCAUCAAUGUUUACGUAAUUUGUGCCAAACUAAGUGCCAAACUAGACACCAGGGUGCGUGCGAUCGCAUCCCAACACUGUGGACGAAUCAAGAUGGAACAUUUUGGCCUACGGCGCUUUAACAUGGGGGGAGACGUGGGAUGGUCUUAACACUUUUUACUUCUUCUUCUUUAUUUUCUUUUUUAUUUACGUUUCUCUUAAUUUAAUGCCGCAGUCACACCUGAAAUCUUGCAAGAAAAAAAAUCUACUGAAUGUGACCAACUUAUGUAACUAAACUUAAUUUAAAAAGAAAAAAAAAAACAUUUUACUUGUUAAACUUCUCUGAACAAAAGCUGGUGUGACUGAGAUUUAAUUCAAAUACUUCACUCAAAAUCCACCAUCAGUUUUUUUUUUACAUGUCUGUUAUGCAAAUGAGACGUAUCUAUGCCUCUGUGCUGAAUAAAAAAUGAAGUUAUGCGUCUGUGAAGGUGUAGAGAGAAAUGAAUUAUUCGUUCAAAUUGAAUCCAGUCAUAUUAAACAGACCCGUAUUUGUAUUAGAGGUGCGCGGUGGCCGACAAAACCCUACUACAUUUCACACUGCAGAUUACGUCUUAGGAAGUGAAAAUCUCAUGAAUAUAGCCAAAUAUAUCUUAUAGUCCUAAUAUUAUAUCUGAUUAUUGAAAUUGCUUAAAUGUGUCUUAUUCUAUGGGUAGAGAUUAUUUCUUCUUUUUAGAAAGAAAUGCUUGUAAUGAUCUGCAAAUAGAAUAAGACAUGUUUCAAGCUUGAAAUAUGUUCAUGUCUAGAAAUGGGCGCCAUCAUUUAAUUUUUGUUUUACUGUAAAGAUUUCAACAGUUGCUCAGCUUGCGUCUAAUGAGACAGAAAUUUCUGUGUAAGACGGAGAAUUGUGUGUGGCCAUAUCAUAUAGUGUGCACUUUAGGAAUUUAAACUGUUACAGUGUUAUGCCAUAACAGUGUUACGCUAUUGGAGUGUUACAGCGGUUAUAGUGUUACACAAUUACAGUGUAACACUAUUACAGUGUUACAUUGUUACACUAUUACAGUGUUAAACUAUUAUGCUGUUACAUUUUUACACUAUGACAGUGUUACAGUGUAACACUAUUACAGUGUUACAAAGUUACAGUGUAACACUAUUACAGUGUUAGUGUUAAACUAUUAUGCUGUUACACUGUUACACUAUUACAGUGUUAAACUAUUAUGCUGUUACAUUGUUACACUAUGACAGUAUUACAGUGUUACAUUGUUACAGUGUUAGUGUUAAAUUAUUAUGCUGUUACAUUGUUACAGUGUUACAGAGUUAAACUAUUAUGCUGUUACAUUGUUCCAGUGUUAAACUAUUAUGCUGUUACAGUGUUACAUUAUUACAGUGUUAAACUAUUAUGCUGUUACAUUGUUACAGUGUAACACUAUGGCAGUGUUACAUUAUUACUGUGUUACACUAUUACAGUGUUACAAUGUUACAGUGUUACACUCUUACUGUUUUACGCUGUUACAGUGUUACACUAUUAAAGUGUUAUGGUGUUACACUAUUAUGCUGCUAGUGUCACAGCAUUUUAGUGUUAAACCUUUACAGUGUUAUAGUGUUACAGUGUUACUCUAUUACAACGUUAUGGCGUUAAGGCGUUAUGAUGUUAUGAUUCUCCCCGUCUCCCUUCCUCAUGUGAAAAAGCGAAGAUUUCCUCAUUGCACUAAGAAAAAAAAGUAUAAACGAGAGCUGAAUUAUUAGCGUAUUCAUAUUUAAUUGCAUUUCUUUGAUCUUUUUUUAUUUGUAAGACACACACACACUUGACAUAAUAUACAAAUCAUUUGCAGAGGUUUUGUGCACACAAGCAUGCACGCUGAUCUAAAACAGAUGGACACUGCUGUUAAAAACAUCAUAAGGAAACUGUUUACACAAUAAAGAUGGCUUUUGAUCCAGCAAAGUACAAACUGUGUUUAUUAAUCAUCCAUGUUCAUAUUUAAUUUGUCGGAAACAUCAAAGCAUGGGCAUUUUGGAUAAAAAAAUUCAAUCAGCCAAGAUAUGUUUGGUGUCGAAAAUUUGCGUCCUUGGCUUUCUGCUUGAGCUAUGAGCUGCAAAUGAAGGUUCAUAGGUACACAUUUAUACACUUAGUGGUUCUUCAG